AUGGGACAGGUCCUAGAGAAAUUUCAUGGUAAGCAGUGGAGGCAGAAACAAAUAAGGUUGAUUACAGACAAGGUGUAUGAUCGCAUUAAAGAUCAAUCAGGAAGUGCAAAUCUCUCUUUUGAAGACCUAUAUAUUGCUGUUCUACUUGUGUACAAUGAUAUUAACAAGCGCUUGCCUGGUCCCCAUUUUGAUCCACCUUCGAAAGAGCAAGUCAGAGGCUUGAUGCAGGCAUGCGACAUCAACCUUGACGGGGAGCUUAACCAUGAAGAAUUUGUGAAGUUUAUGCAGCAGUUAACAACAGACACGUUCAUUGUGGUUAGUCAAGGAUUGAUUAUCACUUUGGUUGUGGCCCCAACAGUUGCCAUGGCAACAAAGAAGGCCACUGAGGGUGUCCCUGGUGUUGGGAAGGUGGUGCAAAAGUUACCCAGCUCAGUCUAUGCAUCCCUCGUUACUCUUGCAAUUGUGUGGUUCCAAACUGCACGUCAGGAUGUUGACUAG